CGCUUCUUGUUUGCUUAGGCGAGAAGUUGCUCGCUCGCGUCUCUGCGCCAAAUGCGGCUCGGAAAGAUCGUUUCCCUGCACAAGGCGGUCCUCGUUUGCGCCAUGAGGAGGUGACGUCAGCGAGGCGGCGCCAUCGGGGCAGCAGCUAUGGAGCCUCGUGGCAGCAUCUCGGCGCCAAAUGGUGGCCAUCAAAUGGCGGGCACCACCACUACUACGCACCACCAGCAGCAAGGUAGUUGCUGCGAUGCCACCUCUUUCUACUUGAGCGCCACCCUGUUCCUCAGCCUGGGAUCAGCGCUCUGUCUGCUGCUCGCGUUCCUGAGCGACCACUGGGAGCUGGUGCUGUACGACGGCGAGCACGUGGCCUCGCUUGCCCGGCAAAGAGGCAUGGCGCUGACGCGCUCGCGCAACGUGCUCCGCCUGGCGGACGGUGGCGGCGUCGGUGGAGUGCAGCAGACGCCGCAGCAAGGGUCGGCGCUCUUCCUGGUCAACCUGAACGGAGGGGUGCAUCGCAUAUGCGCCACGCUCGACGGGGACGACCUGGCCUUUCUAGGCAACGAAGCCAAGAGCGCCCCUGGCGGCUGCAUAUCCUACUACUCGUCUUCGGAUGAGGAGCGCAUCUCGAGUCUCGUCGUCCGCUCGCCCUGGCUUGACAAAAUGAAGAACCUGGCCAUGUCGUGUUCCCUGGUCAGUUUGAUCCUGGUCGGUGCCAGCGCACUGGUCGGUGGCUUCGGCAUCUGCAAGCGCCAGUUGUCCGCGGUCAUGGUCACCGGUGUGAUGUUCAUACUCGCUGCCGUGUUCGCCACCUUCACAAGCUGCUUCAUGCACUUCAAGCGCACCGUGCCGCAGGGCGUGCUGACGGGCACCGACUUCGACCAAUCGCUGCCUUCGGAGUUCCUGCGCUGUCGCCGCUUCGCUCGUGAUUGGGCCGCCUCCCUCUCCUGGCUGGGAAUCGCCCUGUGCCUAUUCACCAGCGUCUUCUGGCUCAUACUGGCCAGGAUCAUGCGCUUCUGAAGGUCGCGCACCCGACAGGCCCAGCUUCUUUGCUCACGUGGUCCCUCUCGGCCGUCCACUUUCUUCUUUCGCUCGGACCAAGUCGUCGUUGACUCCGAAACGAUUCCACGCCCAGGGUGAAGGAGAACGCGUCAAGCUCUUGGAGAUGUAAUCGGGUCGUGCAGAGAACUCUCGGGUCGUAUUGUCAACCGAAUGCUUUCGACAUCCGUUGAUUGGCUGAAUGAUAGAAGCCGACGUGACGACAUUGACUAGUGAAUGGGUAGACUUGUAGUAGGCACUGUUACGGACGUAUCGUUUUGAGUGUGAGAGGGAAUGACUGUCAUCCACCUGGAAAUAGCACGAAUCCACGAAGGAAACCCACGCGAGUGUCUCAGAAGGAAAGCCGCGCAGUUGAAGGAAAUGCUGUCCUAGGUCAAUGUAUCGAACCCAGGACCAACGCCUUUCCGGGGUGGUCUGCUACAUACCACCAUUUGCCAUCUACUACCAUUUGAGCUAACCUGGAGCCAUCUAGCUAGCUCAGAUGGUAGAUAUUUCAUUUUAACGCGUCAGCGUUGAAGGCCCCGUGUCGCAGAAAAUCCGGCGUCGGUUUCGCCGUAGGCGUAGGCGCCGGCGUCCGUGGCCUAAAAAUCAUCCAAAACCACCCCGACACCGCAGGCCUGCCGCGUGGCGCAGCGGCGUUAGUUAACUAACUGAAUUUCUCAAAGUAAAAUACGUCAGAAAAAUCGUAUGAAGUACGACUUAACCACAACCUACAGGCGUGAUAGCGUCGGAUUGUAAUUUGAAUAUACAAGAAAACAUAAUUCUCUUACGCGGAAACUCAAACACAAACCCAUUUUCCAGCAUUUCUACAAUUCAUACAGCGGCGCGCCGCGGUUCGUUCCUUGCAAAAACACCAUCCAGAUGGCGCUCGCCUCCUCGGAAGCAGUAUGCGGAGCCCAAGUUGGAUAAAAAUAAAGCUGCAGUGGGCCGGGAAGGCUGAUAAGCAGCCAGGGAUCUUUGAAUGCUAUCGCGCUUCGACUCCUAAAGGCGCAGUUUAAGCGUCCUCCAAAUUUUUGAGAAACCCGUAUGGGUUUCUUUUGUAGGUUCGUGGGGCUACAUUCAGGUGAAUGACAAUUUGUUUUCCCUUUCGUGAACCUUGCUCUAUCUUGCGCGCUUGCGCAGAAAUGAUUUGCUACAUUCAGUACAAUUGCUUGCGACGCGCCUCGAGAGCCUUGCAAACAUGCCUGCUCAGCGAUGGUGACUACGCCUGAAAGCUGGCUUCUCAGCAACAAGGAAGCUUAUGUGGAGAAGUCCACCUCGCGUAGUCUCCUGCGUUUUAAAUGUGACGUUCUGUAUAUCGAUCGUAUGUUGGGAGUGUGUGUGCACCUAACCGGUGGUAUUACCGUGGUAUGGUAAGCCCCGUUUUGAUAAGCAAAUGAAUAAUAAUUAGGGUACGUCAGGAGGGAUUGAGCUGAGCUCCGUAAUUAGAUGAACAGUGCGUCGGUUCAGUCUAGUAAUUGCUGAAUACCAGCUGCCCUGCUCUCGUGCCUUGGUUAACAGAUCACGUCUUUACGCAAAAGAGCAUUUAAUAAUACAUAAUUCCGAAUCGUGUACGCUCAUGAUAGUUUUAGUCAGACUUCUUUAGUCGGGCAAGUUCCCAAGCUCCGUUUCAAACUCUGGCAAACUCACGCCACGAGAAAGUGAAACUACCGCUGAAAGUUAGAGAGACAGAAACAGAGGUAGAAGGCGGGGUGGUUAACCAGAACGAGAAAUCCAGAUUGCUACCCUACAUUGGGCAACGGGGAGAGGGGGAGGUAGAAAAUUAAGAAAGUAGAGAGAGAGAGAGAGAGAGAGAGAGAAGAAGCACAGACGCACGAUCACAGCCAGUCACGAUCAGCGCACACUAUCACAGCACAGGUUCAAGUGCCGCACAACAAUUGAACUUACAGCCGCCAGUGCAGGCAUGCUUUUCUUUAAAGACUGUUGCAGUGUCUUCGUCACCUUCUGCUGCAAUGGUUAGCUCGCUUUGAUCAGAGCAAACCAUUUAGGAAUGCCGCCCUCCUAGCUGAAAGUGAAUAAUUGAGAAUACGGCCCCCAAAACGCCUGUCACGUCACGUGUGGUAUGCGACGAAGUCAUUGAAGUCGUUUUAAUGUGAGGCUCAUCGAAUUCGUUUGA